AUGGAGUUAUGGAAUACUGAAUUCUCCCAGUGUCAAUCAAUAUUAACAAAUUCAAGUAAAACAGUUUCAGUCAAUGCAAAUGGUUCUAGUCCAUCCAAUCAGUCUAGUCAAUACAUUCAGUCUAGUCCAUCCAAACAGUCUAGUCAAUACAUUCAGUCUAGUCAAUACAUUCAGUCUAGUCCAUCCAAACAGUCUAGUCAAUACAUUCAGUCUAGUCCAUCCAAACAGUCUAGUCAAUACAUUCAGUCUAGUCAAUACAUUCAGUCUAGUCCAUCCAAUCAGUCUAGUCAAUACAUUCAGUCUAGUCAAUACAUUCAGUCUAGUCCAUCCAAUCAGUCUAGUCAAUACAUUCAGUCUAGUCAAUACAUUCAGUCUAGUCCAUCCAAACAGUCUAGUCAAUACAUUCAGUCUAGUCAAUACAUUCAGUCUAGUCCAUCCAAUCAGUCUAGUCAAUACAUUCAGUCUAGUCCAUCCAAACAGUCUAGUCAAUACAUUCAGUCUAGUCCAUCCAAACAGUCUAGUCAAUACAUUCAGUCUAGUCAAUACAUUCAGUCUAGUCCAUCCAAUCAGUCUAGUCAAUACAUUCAGUCUAGUCAAUACAUUCAGUCUAGUCCAUCCAAUCAGUCUAGUCAAUACAUUCAGUCUAGUCAAUACAUUCAGUCUAGUCCAUCCAAACAGUCUAGUCAAUACAUUCAGUCUAGUCAAUACAUUCAGUCUAGUCCAUCCAAACAGUCUAGUCAAUACAUUCAGUCUAGUCAAUACAUUCAGUCUAGUCCAUCCAAUCAGUCUAGUCAAUACAUUCAGUCUAGUCAAUACAUUCAGUCUAGUCCAUCCAAUCAGUCUAGUCAAUACAUUCAGUCUAGUCCAUCCAAACAGUCUAGUCAAUACAUUCAAUCUAGUCAAUACAUUCAGUCUAGUCCAUCCAAUCAGUCUAGUCAAUACAUUCAGUCUAGUCAAUACAUUCAGUCUAGUCCAUCCAAUCAGUCUAGUCAAUACAUUCAGUCUAGUCAAUACAUUCAGUCUAGUCCAUCCAAACAGUCUAGUCAAUACAUUCAGUCUAGUCAAUACAUUCAGUCUAGUCCAUCCAAACAGUCUAGUCAAUACAUUCAGUCUAGUCCAUCCAAACAGUCUAGUCAAUACAUUCAGUCUAGUCAAUACAUUCAGUCUAGUCCAUCCAAUCAGUCUAGUCAAUACAUUCAGUCUAGUCAAUACAUUCAGUCUAGUCCAUCCAAACAGUCUAGUCAAUACAUUCAGUCUAGUCAAUACAUUCAGUCUAGUCCAUCCAAACAGUCUAGUCAAUACAUUCAGUCUAGUCCAUCCAAACAGUCUAGUCAAUACAUUCAGUCUAGUCCAUCCAAUCAGUCUAGUCAAUACAUUCAGUCUAGUCAAUAUAUUCAGUCUAGUCCAUCCAAUCAGUCUAGUCAAUACAUUCAGUCUAGUCAAUACAUUCAGUCUAGUCCAUCCAAACAGUCUAAACAAUACAUUCAGUCUAGUCAAUACAUUCAGUCUAGUCCAUCCAAACAGUCUAGUCAAUACAUUCAGUCUAGUCAAUACAUUCAGUCUAGUCAAUACAUUCAGUCUAGUCAAUACAUUCAGUCUAGUCAAUACAUUCAGUCUAGUCAAUACAUUCAGUCUAGUCCAUCCAAUCAGUCUAGUCAAUACAUUCAGUCUAGUCCAUCCAAUCAGUCUAGUCAAUACAUUCAGUCUAGUCAAUACAUUCAGUCUAGUCCAUCCAAACAGUCUAGUCAAUACAUUCAGUCUAGUCAAUACAUUCAGUCUAGUCAAUACAUUCAGUCUAGUCAAUACAUUCAGUCUAGUCAAUACAUUCAGUCUAGUCAAUCCAAUCAGUCUAGUCAAUACAAUCAGUCUAGUCAAUACAUUCAGUCUAGUCAAUCCAAUCAGUCUAGUCAAUACAUUCAGUCUAGUCAAUACAUUCAGUCUAGUCAAUACAUUCAGUCUAGUCAAUACAUUCAGUUUAGUCAAUACAUUCAGUCUAGUCAAUACAUUCAGUCUAGUCAAUCCAAUCAGUCUAGUCAAUCCAAUCAGUCUAGUCAAUCCAAUCAGUCUAGUCAAUCCAAUCAGUCUAGUCAAUCCAAUCAGUCUAGUCAAUCCAAUCAGUCUAGUCAAUACAUUCAGUCUAGUCAAUCCAAUCAGUCUAGUCAAUCCAAUCAGUCUAGUCAAUCCAAUCAGUCCAGUCAAUCCAAUCAGUCUAGUCAAUCCAAUCAGUCUAGUCAAUCCAAUCAGUCUAGUCAAUACAUUCAGUCUAGUCAAUCCAAUCAGUCUAGUCAAUCCAAUCAGUCUAGUCAAUACAUUCAGUCUAGUCAAUCCAAUCAGUCUAGUCAAUCCAAUCAGUCUAAUCAAUCCAAUCAGUCUAGUCAAUCCAAUCAGUCUAGUCAAUCCAAUCAGUCUAGUCAAUCCAAUCAGUCUAGUCAAUCCAAUCAGUCUAUUCAAUACAUUCAGUCUAGUCAAUCCAAUCAGUCUAUUCAAUACAUUCAGUCUAGUCAAUCCAAUCAGUCUAUUCAAUACAUUCAGUCUAGUCAAUCCAAUCAGUCUAUUCAAUACAUUCAGUCUAGUCAAUCCAAUCAGUCUAGUCAAUCCAAUCAGUCUAGUCAAUCCAAUCAGUCCAGUCAAUCCAAUCAGUCUAGUCAAUCCAAUCAGUCCAGUCAAUCCAAUCAGUCUAGUCAAUCCAAUCAGUCUAUUCAAUACAUUCAGUCUAGUCAAUCCAAUCAGUCUAUUCAAUACAUUCAGUCUAGUCAAUCCAAUCAGUCUAGUCAAUACAUUCAGUCUAGUCAAUCCAAUCAGUCUAGUCAAUCCAAUCAGUCUAGUCAAUCCAAUCAGUCCAGUCAAUCCAAUCAGUCUAGUCAAUCCAAUCAGUCCAGUCAAUCCAAUCAGUCCAGUCAAUCCAAUCAGUCUAGUCAAUCCAAUCAGUCCAGUCAAUAG